AUGCCUUCCUACCUCAUCACGGGCGCAAGCCGCGGUCUUGGACUUGCCAUGCUGCAAGCGCUCGUCUCGCAGCCUGCAACCCAGGUCACCAAGAUCUUCGCAGCGUACCGAACCAAGACCGAUGGCAUUACGCAGCUGUCCUCGUCCCACAACGGGAGGGUCAUUCCCGUCAGGAUGGAUGUCACCUCCCCGGACGAGAUCAGGGCUGCUGUGGCCCAAGUCGAGAAGGCGCUGGAAGGCCAGCCUCUGGACGUCCUGAUCAACAAUGCAGGCGCGGCGCCUACCACACCCGGGGGUAUUGUGAACAUGAAUGAUUUGACUGCCACUUUGGAUCUCAAUGUCGUGGGCGUGCAGAGGGUGACGCAAAGCUUCAUGCCGUUCCUGGAGAAGAGCGCCGUGAAGAAGAUUAUUAACAUUUCAUCCACGGUGGGCUGCUUCGCGUACCAAGAGUACUUGGCGCAGGUCAAUACCCCAGCGUACAAAGUGAGCAAGGCCGCUCUCAACAUGUUGACCCUGCUAUGGGCCCAAGAAUAUGGUCCCAAAGGCUAUGUCAUUGCCGGCUUGUCGCCUGGUUACGUCAAGACGGAUCUCAGUGGCGACGCAGCCGACCUCGAGGUGUCUGAGGCUAUUCCCGCUAUCAUGGACGCCAUUGAGGGUAUCAGUCAGGGAAAAAAUGGGAGGCUGUUGGACAUCAAGUUGCCAGGAUGGGAGCCCAGGUAUCUCGGCGGGCCGCAGCCGUGGUAG